UUCCACCCCCUCAGCCGGCUGCGUGCCCGGGUGCGUGUGCUGGUGGACGGCAGCCUGCUGGUGAGGAGGAGCCUCCCCGAGGACUCGGGCAGAUACACCUGCACCCCCAGCAACGGCCUCCGGCAGCCCCCCUCGGCGUCAGCCUUCCUCACCGUGCUCCACCCCGCGCAGGUGACCGCGAUGCUGCCGGAGACCCCCCUGCCCAAGGGCAUGAGGGGGGUGAUCCCCUGCCCCUCCCGCGCCAACCCCCCCCUGCUGUCCGUCAGCUGGACCCGGGAUGGGCAACCCCUGCAGCUGGACAAGAGGGCUCUGUGCCCUGUCCCCCCCCCCAUGCCAAGCCCCCCCAAGUGUUCCCCUCUCCCCCAGGACCCCCCAGCGUUCCGGGUGCGUCCCAAGCAGGAAUAUUUCCAGGAGGUGGGCCGGGAGCUGGUGCUGCCCUGCCAGGCCCAGGGGGACCCCCCACCCACCGUCACCUGGGUCAAGGUGGGCGGCGCGUCCAAGAGCAGCGCCCGGGUGGACGGGAACGGCAGCCUCGUCCUGCACCCCCUCACCAAGGACCAGCACGGGCUCUGGGAGUGCAGGGCCACCAACAGGGUGGCCACUGUCACCACGGCCACCUCUGUCCACGUGCUGGGCACCAGCCCCCACGCCGUCACCAACGUGUCGGUGCUGGCGCUGCCGCUGGCCGCCAACAUCUCCUGGGAGCCGGGCUUCGAUGGAGGCUUCUUCCAGCGGUUCAGCGUCUGGUACAGCCCCCUGGUGAAGCCCCCGCCGCGGGCGCACCACGACUGGGUGUCGCUGCCGGUGCCCGCCGGCGCCCGGCACCUGCUGGUGGAGAACCUGCAGCCCCACACCGGCUACCAGUUCAGCGUCCUGGCCCAGAACAAGCUGGGCAGCGGCCCCUUCAGCCACAUCGUCACCUCCGUGCCCAGGGGCUCCCCGGUGACCCCCCCAGUGCCGGCGGCGGUGCCGGCGGUGCCGGUGGAGGUUUCUCUGCGGCCCCCGCGCUCUCUCCGGGCCAGCCAGACCCCUCGGGGGGUUCUGCUGCGCUGGGAGCCCCCCGGGCCGGGGGCGCCGGAGCCCAGCGGGUACGCGCUGGAGCUGCGCCAGGACGGCGGGCACUGGGAGCUGCUGCAGCGCCACAUCCCCGGCACCCACACACAGCUGCUCGUGCCAGGCCUCAUCAAGGACGCCUUGUACGAGUUCCGUUUGGUGGCCUUGGCUGGCAGCUACAUCAGCGACCCCAGCAACGCUGUCAACAUCUCCACUGCAGGCAUGGAGGUGUACCCGUCCCGCACGCAGCUGCCGGAGCUGCUGCCGCAGCCGGUGCUGGCGGGGGUCAUCGGCGGCAUCUGCUUCCUCAGCGUGGCCGUCAUCUUCAGCACCACGGCCGCCUGCCUCAUGAACCGCCGGCGCGCCAAGCGCGGCCGCAAGCGCCGACAAGACCCGCCACUCGUGUUCUCCCCCAGCAGGAAGCUGCCACCGCCGCACCCUGCUGGUGUCCCCGGCAGCCCCGACAGCGCCGUGAAGAUGAAGCUGCAGCCCUCGCCGUGCCAGAGCCUGCAGCGGGCGCUGCUCUGGGGCGAGAAGGCGGGCACCAGCCUGGGGCUGAGCAUCGCGGGCACCGCCACCGCCUUCCCGGGGACCCGCCAGAGCCCCCCGGACCGGGAUCUGCUGCCCCUCGAGCGGAUCCGCCGCGGCCCCGACGGCCGCUUCGUGCUGGAGAGCGACCCCCCCCCUCCUCAGCCCGCGGACCCCCCGGAGGAGCCCUCCGGCCGCCAGGAGGAGGAGGAGGAGGAUGAUGAUGAAGAGGAAGAGCCCGUGUGGCGCAGGGGGGUCUCGCUGCGCCCCCACCCCGCGGGGCAGCCCCGCCGCACCAGCGACCACCGGCACGGGCGUUAUUUCGGCUACGGGGGGAGCAGCAGCAGCCCCGCGGCUGAGGAGGGGGCCGGAGCCUUGUGCAUCAUCGACGUGAGCCCCGUGCCCACCAGCACCAUCACCAGCACCAUCACCAGCACCACCAGCACCACCACCCUGCCUUACAGCCCCGCCCGGGAGCCCCCCGAGCCCCCCCCGGGCCGGGCCGCCCCCCCGGCCAUCAGCGGGAUCCUGCAGUACCUCAGCCUGCCCUUCUUCAAGGAGAUGUGCGUGGACGGCGAGUGGCCCCCCCAGGACGAGGAGGAGGAAGAGGAGGAGGAGGAGGAGCCCGGGGACCCCCCCCCAUCCGCCACCGCCAGCCCCCCGCCCGCGCCGUGCCCGGACUGCAUCGACACAAGUGCCAACGCCACCUCCCCCCUCGCCACCACCACCAUCACCACCAGCACCCCCCUCCUCCUGCAGCCCCCCCUCCUGCCCCUGGGACCCUCCAAGGCGUCGCUGCCCGGCUCUCCCGCCUGGCCCCGCUGUGCCCCCCCUGUCCGGACUGAGCCCCCCCCCGAGAAGGUGCCUCGGGGCAGCCUGACCAGCCAGAGCAGCGGCCGCGGCAGCGGCUCCUUCCUGCGGCCCCCCUCGCUCGCCCCGGCCCUGGGGGGCACCUUCCUGGGCACGGCCAAGAGGUGGCGCGGGCGGCGGCGACAUCCGGCACUGCCGCCCCGGGGACAGCGGGACCCGCGCCGCAGGAUGGCGAACCGGGGCCCGUCGUACGGGCUGAGCCGGGAGGUUCAGCAGAAGAUCGAGCGGCAGUACGACCCCGAGCUGGAGCAGCUGCUGGUGCGCUGGAUCCUAAACCAGCUGGGCCCCGACACGGCCGGCCCCGCCCAGCCCGGCAGGGACGGCUUCCAGCAGUGGCUCAAGGAUGGCACC